CACGUUUCGAAGAGACAAUUUUUAUAAAUUUUGCUCUAAAACAGUUCCUGCGACUUAAGGAACAUUUCAAAAACAAUCGAACACAAGUCGUAUUAUGAAUGUCGCCCAAAUUUAUAAAUUUUGAGAUCACCCUAAUUUACAUUUUAUUACUAAUACCAUGGCCUCAUUCGAAUGUGAUAAAGUUACUUUGCUCCAAAGAUAACAGUCGGCUAGUGCGUAAAAUUAUACGCUCCAAAUGGACUCCAAUCCUGGAUAAGUAUCAGGUGAAAUUGCCUUUAGAGUGUCCUUUACAUCCGUUUCGGGAUGUUUUUGGACCAAGACAGGAUGCAAAGAAACGAGAUCGACCGACCCAAUGGACGUGUCGGUUAUGCGGUAAAAGCUUUUAUCAAGAACGAUAUGUGGAUAUACAUUUUGAGACGCGACAUAGAUCGGUUCUCAAUGAGGCCGAAGAUGCGGUUUGUUUCGCUGAUUUUUGCGACAUCAUGCGUUGCGAAGUUUUUCAAUCAGAAGAAGCCAGUCUUACAGGCGGAGACACUCAUAUUGUAACUGACAUUGAAGUUUGGGGUAAUUCUUUAGGACAAAGUUCGGCAUUAGCAAAAGCUAAUGCUGCUUACCUAAGUUUAAUUCCACUUAGAUCUUCUGCACUUGGAGCAACAAGAGCUUCAAAAGUCCAAAACCGCCAACUAUGUCCGGAUAAAAGUAGCCAAAAUAAAUUUAAAGAUAUAAGUAAGGAGCCUGUUAAAGAACCAAUCUCUGAGGAAAAUACAGAUGAUUCGAAAAAAUCGUCAUCUUCAUCGUCGUCCGCCAAUCAUUCAUCAAUGAAAAUUGAUCCUUUAGUACAAUCGAAUGCAUCCGAAGAGACCAACAAUAAGACAACUAAUGGAAGUACGGUUAACAUUCAAAAAGUUCGAGCCAAUUGCCGCACCGAAGACCUAAGCAAGCUAAAGUCAAAGUGUGAAUACCUGUUAAGGAGUUGCAUAGCCGGUCUGUUAUUACAAAUGACUGAUCAUGCUUUCAAAGAAAUGGAAGAGGAAAUGAAUAAAGCUGUUUGCUGGUAUUUGUCCUGUGAUCGGUAUUGGGAGGAUGGACCACUCGAACCAAGAGCAUUCCCCUGGGGUCUUAUUCUCAUACUUGUAAUGGUACUCUCGUUGGGUAUUUGUUUUUGUUACUACAUAAUUUGGAUACUUUUUGAUUCUGAAGAGAUGACAAUCAGCAACAAUGUGCAUCGCUAUGACUACCAUCAUUAUGCACCUCAACACCAUAGCAGUCCGCGUUAUAUUGCCGGUCCUCCGCCCGCUGUUUCGCACCAUUUGCAACAUCAUCCGCAACAGGAGAUAUAUGAGCGUCGCGAAGUUACAACACGACUUCCAUCAACAGCCGUUACAAUGGUUGACUGUGAUACAACAAUUGGCGGAAAAUAUUCCUCAGAUUUGUCGACGACAAUGCGACCACCAUCGUCGACAGAUAUUCAAAAUGAUUUAGCUCAUAACGAGCAUUACAUCUACGUAACUUAUCCGCCAGAUUUGAAGAAGAGAUUAUUUGAAAAAUACGAAUGAAACGCAUGUAGAAGAGACGACAUCUUAGAACAAAAUAGUUUUUUUGAAAAAGUAACUUUAAAAUUUAGUAAUUUUUUUCGUAAUAAUAAAUUAAUAUCAAAA